AUGCUAAAGGCAAGCAGUCGUUUCGAGCCUUACCCGCUCAUCACUGACUAUUACAUAGCCCAAGCCAGGCACCGUGCGAAGCGGAAGGCAUACAUUGAUCAGGUAAGAAUUGCGAAGGUCUUCAAAGGCGCAAUGCUGAUCAAAUUGAGGUUGCAGCUGGAACAAACAGUGACGAAGCUGCAGACAGUGCUAGCACUUUCGCCGGACCAGGUGGCUGCGCUGCCUCCGCCUCUGCUCCGAAUCCGUGAAUUGGAGCAGGAAAAUGAACUCCUCCAUCGCGAACUGGACGAGCUGCGCCAACAGGUCGAACUGCGCAAUGCGCAAUUGCGACCAGACGUCAACCGCCGCGAACACUUCGCGGCGAGUGAUGACCGUCUCUCAGAGCGCGAUCUCAGACGCAGGAGGACCGUCGAGUCCGGUGAUAUCUAUCUAGUAGGUCCAGUCGCCUACAUAUCCUGUGCGCAACCGACUAUCUAUCUUCGCAGCAUUCCAAUGAGCCUCAUUCACAUAGUCCACCGCCUCCGCUGGUGA